CCGCAGGUAAAGCUCGCCGUGUGCCUGGGGCUCGGGCAGCGCAAUGAGGACAGCCCGGGGCUCUCUACUCUGCGGCGGCCUCAUUGCGUUAGUCUCCGUUGCAGUCGCUUUGUGCUGCCUGCGGAUUGAAGUUCUGUGCAGAGCUUUUACGUUUCACAGCCACAGGCCUGUGGGAAGCAUGGAAAAGAAUCUUCAGCUGGUCAGGAAUAUCAUCCCUCCUUUAACUGAGAAAAAACAUAAAGGACAAGAUGGAAAAAUAGGGAUUAUUGGUGGAUGUACUGAAUACACAGGCGCACCAUACUUUGCAGCAAUUGCGAGUCUUAAAGUGGGUGCUGACCUUUCUCAUGUGUUCUGCACUAAAGAUGCUGCCCCAGUUAUUAAAUCCUACAGCCCGAAUGUGAUUGUUCAUCCUGUCCUAGACCUGUCCAGUGGUGUGGAGAAUGUGGAGAAAUGGUUUCCUGCUCUGCAUUCAAUGGUGAUUGGGCCAGGGCUGGGAAGAGAUGAGAAAGUCUUGCAGAAUACAAAGGUUAUAAUGGAGAAAUGUCAGAAGCAAGGAAUACCCAUUGUAAUUGAUGCUGAUGGAUUAUGGGUGGUUGUCCAAGAUCCCUCUGUGAUCCAGGGAUACCAUAAAGCCAUCCUAACACCAAAUGUGAUUGAAUUUUCCAGACUCUACAAUGCGGUGCUCAAGAGUCAUUACAAUGAGUGCAAUCACUCGAGCAACUUGCUUCAACUCAGUCAAGCAUUGGGGAAUGUGACUAUUGUCCAGAAGGGAGAGAAAGAUCUCAUAUCCGAUGGAAGUACAGUAUUGGUGUGCUCACAGCAAGGCAGUGGUCGGAGGUGUGGGGGUCAGGGAGACCUGCUCUCAGGAUCACUGGGGGUCCUAGCCCACUGGGCCUUUACGGCUGGGGAUGAGAAAACAGACGGGUUAAAUCCCACACUUAUAGCUGCAUUUGGAGCCUGCGCCUUGACAAGGCAGUGCAACCACCAGGCUUUCCAAAAACAUCGUCGUGCAAUGACCACCUCGGACAUGAUUGCGGAGAUCAGUACAGCUUUUAACAAACUCUUUGAGAGCUAAAGGGAAGAGUUGGCUGUUGGAGUGGAAACUGAAGUGCAAGAAUUCACAUGGGGCUGUAUAAGCUGCUUACAGACAGUUCCCAUGAAUUAACUCUUGCCUCAAAAUAUGUCUACAUGCAGCUGGCUAGCUGCAAUUAAAGCACUGAAACUAGCAGUUAUAAUCUGUCGAAUACUAUGAAUCCUAUCUUGUGAAUAAACACAUCAAAAUAAUGGAAAUGUUUUGAUGGUCCAAAGUAGGAUUGACACUGUUGGUGUGGGGACAGGGCAGCAAGUCCACGAUUAUAAAGCUCAUAGUUACCAUACUUUAAAAUUAUUUUCACUCCCUGAUUGAAAUAAACACACGGGUACAUCCUUUGAAUGACAGAUCAUUAUUAAAAAAGAAAGUGUUUAAAUUCUCUUGCUUUAAAUAGCAAGAGUUUACCAUUUUUGAGGACAGUUUGCCUUUGUUUGUAAUGCUGUAAUCUACACAGUGAUUGCUUGGGCCAUGAUAACAUGAAUUAUAAUUCAUUACUGGGCCCCUGCAUAGAUCCCCUGUCUGGGAUUAGGAAACAUGAGGAUUGCUUCAUUAAAUCGUAAUUGGAAUCCUGAGAAUCAGCUGUUCUCAAUGGGUAGCGUUUGUGUCCCUUCAUGCCCCAGUCCAGACUGUUGAGUCUGUAAUCAGUUGACAGCAUGGUCCUGUACAGAAGGGGCAGACUGACAUGGGGCAACCAUCAGCUCUCCGAUGUAAGGACUCCACUUUUGAUCCUGGAUUUAAAUUUGAUCAGAACUGAAGUAGACCUUUCGCUCCAUCAUGCCUGUGCUAGUGUGAUACAACUUUUACCCCUCUGAGUGUUAAUCCAAUUCACUUUCAAACAUUGCUAUUGAAUCUGCUGCCACUAUCAUUUCUGCUCUAAUAACCAACUCUACACUUUGUGAGAGUUUUGUUUAAUAUAGCUCAAAUCUGUGCCCUUUGUUCCUGAACCUCCUGUAAUUGAAAAGUUAUUUUUCUAUAAAAACCCUUCAUAAUUUAUAGUUGAGUAAAGCUGAUGGGAAAAAUUCCACCAUCCUGAUCUUAGGACCAAGGAGUCAUGAGUUGAAAUAAAGGACAACAUUCCUGAA